UGGUCCUGAGCCAAUGACCCGCGGGCCCCCGUCCCGCGAGGGUGCUGCGGGCUGAGCGCGCGGGCGGACCCAGGCCUCAGUUUCUCCGCGCUCGGGGCGCAGGGCGGCGCGGCCAUGGCAGCUCCGGAGCCGCUGUCCCCGGCGGCCGGCGCGGGCGAGGAGGCGCCGGACGAGGACGAGGACGAAGACCCCGAGCGGCCGGCGGGCCAGGGCGGUGGGCGCGGCGGCUGUGGCGGCGGCGGCGGCGGCGGCGCGGCCGGGCCCGGGGGCUGCGGCGGGCUCGGGGGCGCGCUCACGCGGCGCGCGGUCACGCUCCGGGUGCUGCUCAAGGACGCGCUGCUGGAGCCCGGCGCGGGGGUCCUGUCCAUCUUCUACCUGGGGAAGAAAUUCGUGGGGGACCUGCAGCCGGACGGGAGGAUCGUAUGGCAGGAGACCGGGCAGGCCUUCAACUCCCCCAGCGCCUGGGCCACCCACUGCAAGAAACUGGUGAACCCCGCCAAGAAGUCGGGCUGCGGCUGGGCCUCCGUCAAGUACAAGGGCCAGAAACUGGACAAGUACAAGGCCGCCUGGCUCCGGCGGCACCAGCCGCACGUGCCCGCAGCCGCCGUGGACGAGAGCCCGGCCAGUGAAGGCGAGGAGGAGGAGCUGCUGAUGGAGGAAGAGGAGGAGGAAGUGCUGGCAGGGGUCUCCGCGGAGGACAAGAGCCGGAGACCACCUGCGAAGGGGCCCCGGGAGCCGGAGGCCACGCCCCCCGGGAAGCGAGUGGACAGCAGGACCCGCGUGCCGGUCCGCUACUGCACGCUGGGCAGUCGGGACUCUGCCAGGAGCCCCCACACCCUGGUGGAAGUGACCUCCUUCGCGGCCAUCAACAAGUUCCAGCCGUUCAACGUGGCCGUCUCCAGCAGCGUGCUCUUGCUACUCGACUUCCACAGCCACCUGACUCGGAGCGAGGUCGUGGGUUACCUGGGGGGCCGCUGGGACAUCAACACCCAGAUGCUCACGGUGCUGAGGGCCUUCCCCUGCCGCAGCCGGCUGGGGGACGCAGACACCGCGGCCACCAUUGAGGAGGAGAUCCACCAGAGCCUGUGUGUGCGGGGCCUGGCGCUGGUGGGCUGGUACCACAGCCACCCGCACAGCCCCGCCGCCCCCUCGCUGCAGGACAUCGACGCGCAGAUGGACUUCCAGCUGCGGCUGCAGGCGUCCAGCAACGGCUUCCAGCCCUGCCUCGCCCUGCUCUGCUCCCCGUACUACGCCGGCAACCCAGGCCCCGAGUCCAAGAUCUCGCCCUUCUGGGUGAUGCCGCCCCCCGAGCAAAGGCCCAGCGACUACGGUAUCCCCAUGGACGUGGAGAUGGCCUACGUGCAGGACAGCUUCCUGAGCAACGACGUCCUGCAGGAGAUGGUGCUGCUGGCCGAGUUCUACAAAGGGGCCCCGGACCUAGUGCGCUUCCAGGAGCCCUGGAGCCAGGAGCACACGUACCGCGACAAGCUGAAGCUCUCCCUGGCCAGCCGGACGCCCGCGGACCAGGGCCUGGGCCUGGUGCUGGAGCAGGUGUACGGCAUCCUGAGGCGGGGCAGCUGAGGGCGUGGCCUCGAGGCCCCGCCUCCCGGGGUGGGGGGGCUCCGAAUAAAGCGGGGGAA